CGCCACCCUCGCAGUUCGUCGGGAAAACCGAAGAAACGUUAGCUCCGUCUUGUUUUUUAAUUGGUGUCAUGGAAAUGAAACGUUACCUUCUUAAAUUAUAACAAUUUAUCGGCAAAUAGUUCGGGAAAUAUUUUUUUUUUCUUUCCAAUCAACGAUUUUGACUUUUCGUUGUCAAGAAGUCUCGUGCUUUUUUUUUUUUCUUCUUGUUUCUCGAGGCGGUUGUCCUGGUCAUUCACAUCGAGAAAAGUUCGUAAGAAAAGCGAAAAUAAAAACGAAGGAAAGAAAUUUGAUGACGGAUCGUUUGAUAUGUUUUAAUGACUUUUACAUUUUAAAAAAACAAGUGUCUAAACUCCAACCAGUGUCAACUGAUUUAAAUUAAUUAAAUAAAUACGAGCGAGAUAAGGAAACACAAUCAUGACUGUGGAGUGUUGCUCGAAUUCGAUUGAAAAAUAUCGUUCAUUUAUUUUGCGUGUGAACAAUCAAGACAUCUACGUGAGUUAAUGGAAUUUAUAUGAUCGGUAUUCCUUGAAAACUCGGAGUUUCGAUAGUGCGUUUGCAUAAAGUCAGCAAGUAUCGUGCUUGAAGAUCGCCUUCAUUUUAUUGGGGAAAAUUGAUUCUGCAAGCAGAGACAAUGGCGAGCUUUAUUAAUUCAACGACGAUAUUUAUGAACGACAUCUACGAUUAUUAUCUUUGGACUCUCUCUUUGGCAGACGAAAGAACGAGAGGAUGGCUACUAGUCGAUUCACCAAAACCAACUUUAAUAUAUACGAUGCUGUACCUCAUGAUCGUUUGGGCUGGACCAAAAAUUAUGAAAAAACGAAAAGCUUUUAAGCUUACGUGGGCUCUUGUACCGUACAAUCUUACCAUGGCUUGUCUCAAUGCUUAUAUUGCUAUUCAACUUUUCGUUGCUUCUACAAGGUUACGAUAUAGCUAUGUUUGUCAACCAAUUAGACACAUAACUCGUCCUGAUGAGAUGCAAAUCGCACACGCAGUAUGGUGGUAUUAUUUUAGCAAGCUCUUAGAAUUUUGUGAUACAUUCUUCUUUAUUUUACGUAAGAAGGACAAUCAAUUAAGCUUCCUGCACGUCUACCAUCAUUCGACGAUGUUCUCCCUUUGGUGGAUCGGUAUUAAAUGGGUUCCAAGUGGAUCUACUUUCUUACCAGCUAUGGUAAACAGUUUCAUCCAUGUAUUGAUGUAUUCGUAUUAUGGGUUAGCCGCUUUGGGUCCCUCAGUUUCCAAAUAUCUUUGGUGGAAGAAAUACUUGACGAUUCUCCAGUUAAUCCAAUUUACAAUGGCUCUGAUUCUCGGCAUCAAUGGUAUUCGAUCAGGCUGCGAUUUCCCUCUUUGGAUGCAAUAUGCACUUGUCCUUUAUAUGAUCUCGUUCAUUGUUCUAUUUGGAAACUUUUAUGCUAAAGCCUAUAUCGCCAAGGGUAAACAAGCGUACGCGGAGAGACAAUUGGAGAGGCUGAAGACAAAGAAAUCGAAGAUCAUUGAAAACGAGAAGAAAUCCGAAGAAGUAAUCAGUAACGGGAUACUUACAAAUGGACACGUCAAUGGAUACGUAAACGGCAUUACGAAACGGAAGGCUUAGUCAGAGUGAUCUUCGAGGAACUUCGAGGAUUUUUUUUUUUUUUUAAAAAAGGAAUCACUCGAACUUUAUCGUAGAAUUUAAUUGAGGAAGAGACAUCUUGAGAGCCAAAGAGAGCCCAUUUAGAACGAAUUAAAGGAAAAGAAAAAAUAUAUAUAAAUUAAAAUAAGGAAAAUGGAAAAAAAAAAGAAAAGAGAAAAAAGGAUAGAGAAGACGAUCCUUCAUAUUCUUAAUUUUUUUUUUUUUUUAUUCAUCCUCAUCAUCGUCAUCAUCGUCAUCAUCGUCAUCACCAUUGUCAUCGUCAUCGUAAUCGUCAUCAUAAUCAUCAUUAAGAUCAUUGUGUCGUUCAAAAAAAGCAUCGAUCUCGGCUACUCUUCUUCCUCUUCAAUUUUUCGAUCGAUCGAUCCUCUCUCGUGUUCUUCAAGUUACCGGCCUGCGGCUUUUCUUCUCCGCGAUCGCCAAAAUCAUACUUCUAAUCGUCGAUCCGAAGGAAUUGUACAUAUUAUUAAUAUAUUACAUAUAUAAAUAAAUGAAUAUAUAUAUAUAUACAUAUAUAUAUAUAUAUAUAUAUAUAUAUAUAUAUAAAACACACUUACCAGAAAUGUUGCGAUAAGGGAAAGGAGAAGGGGAAUUGUUUAAAAUACAUAUUAUAAUUAACGACGAACGAAGAAUUCGCGUCGUCGGAAUUCAGUGCAGUGAAAAAAAAAAAAGAAAAAAAAAGCGAUAAUAAUGAUACAGAGAAAAGAGAGAAAAAAACGGAGAUGCAAGUUCGAAAGCGACGCUCUCGUUUUAAGACUUCCGCAAUUUCGGUCAAGCGCGUAUGUAUGUAGGUACAACGUACCGGCAGGAAUGAGCCCGCCGAAAGUGUGUCACGAUAAAAUGUCUUCGAUCAUAUUUUUUUUCUUCUUUUGCUCUCUCUCUCUCUCUCUCUCUCUCUCUCCUUCUCUUUCUUUUUUUGAUUCGAAGAAUAAUUUUCAUAAAGAUAAGAUAUUGCACAUAAAUCAAUUAAUCACACGUACAAAGCGAUAUAUCUAGAAAGAGAGAAAUAGAAAGAAGGGGGGAAAAAAAAGGAGGAAGAAAAAAGAAAGGAUCAAGACAAAUCUGUUUUUAUAUUUCUCUUUUUGAAUUACUAUAAUUAUUACUAUUCGAUAAUGUCGUCGACUUUUCAGUAGUAAUUUUAUACGAACGUUUUUCUAUGAAUAUCUUAUCGUAAAUAAUUUUAUCGUAUCUUUAUUAUUAAUAAAAAGAAAAAAAAAAAAAAAACAGAAAAGAAGAAAUAAAUAGAUUUCUUUCGGCGAGCGCUGAUCACAAAAAUAGAAAAAAAAAAAUAACAAACAUGAAAAAGAGUCAAUAAACGAAUAAAUAAAUAAAUGAACAAACAAAUAAAAGAGUCACUCCAAAACGCGAAAUCGUUCGAUCGAUUUGUCAUCAUAGAAUUUCUUCGAUACUUUUUUCUUUAUUCAUCUUCUUUUUUUUUUUUGUUCUUUCUUUGAUCCUAUUCAUUAGCAGGAGGGCUCUAAAUUGUAUUCGGCACUUGCCUCUGCGUGUAGAUCGCGGAUGGAUAAGUCGUGCCAAGAAAUCGUAUUUAACAAAUAAAUGUGUACAAUAUUAAAAUAAAUACAUAAAAUACGUACAUACAUACAUACAUACAUACAUAUGUGUAUAAAUACAUAAAUACGACAGUACGAUUCGUGGGUAAACCGGUAUCCGUUUAAUUCUUUAUCUAUUAUCAUCACGAGAAAUGUUUAGAUAAUAUCCUAUUGUUAAUUAUGUGUUUGUCAUUAUGUAACAACUGUUAUAUAAAGGUCAUUGCUGCGCAAUGUCGAAAAGAGGUAAAUGCGUCCUCUUUCUCUUCAUUUCUCAUAAAUUUCUCUAAUUCAUUUUUAGACACGAUCGCAAGGAAUUCCUUACAUUCUCGAUACAGCGAUGAUAAAUGUAACAAUUGAUUUCAAAAUUAUUAUUCUAAAAUUACGUGAGAUAUUUAUAAAGCUUUUUCGAUCUUUACGUUUCGUAUCGAAAAUCAAAAUGCGUAUGAGUUUAUUCAUUCUACUGUAUAAAUGAUUAGACGGAUUAACAAAAUUUAUAAAAAAGAAAAAAAAAAAUAAGAUCGCUUGCAACGAAGCUUGAAAAGUAAUUUUUAUUUCAAUUCGAUUUUCAGUUUAAAUAUUAUGGUAUUAUCGAAAAUGUAAAAUUCAUAUAAACUCGGUUAUGGUAAAAAAAUUGUUUCUUAAGUUUGUUUUGAAAUUUUUUUUAUAAGGGCAAUGAAAAAUGACGGAUGAAUGAUAAUAUUUUUUGGAAUAAGUCCAUUUAUAAGUUGCCUAUCAGAAUUUAUACGUAAUUUAUUACGUUCGCAGAAACAUAUCAAUUUUAUAAUCUAAAUGAUUGUAAACAAAUUGAUAACAUUUAUACCAAACGUCAAAUUAGACGACAAGAUACAUGAAUAAUUUCGAUUCAAUUUAAUUUUCAUUUUUAAAAGUUAAGUAAUGUAUACAAAAUCGCAUAUGCAACAGGAUUAAAUUAAAAUAAAUAAAAAUUGUAGGAAAUAUGUAAAAUGGUGUUAGCCAUUAAUACGAACUAUAUCGGUCGUGUUUAUUAUAUGUCUCACGAGUAAAAAAUCCUA